CCGAGCCGACCGGACCCGACCCCACCCCUCGUCUCCCCUGCGAACCCACUCCAGUCCCGCCCUACGCCACGGUCAUGUGACACGCUCAACAACGCACUCGCUGUCUCCGGAGAAAUAGGAGAAGAAGAAAAUUUCGUAACCGGGGCAAGUUUUGUUUCCGUGCCAGUCCCGACUAUCUGUCAUUUGGAGUUUGUGUUGUUUUCCAAACGGCGAUCGGUUGACCAAUACGUGGGACACGGUUUUGUUAUUUUCGACUGCGACACUUUUUUUAACAGAACGGAAUUUAAAACGGAUUUAUUUUUUUAUUUUAUUUUUUGUACCUUACGCACGGAGACAGUUACUUGGAGAUUUACACAACGGGAAUAAUUCACGAACAAACACACAAUAUUCUCCAUUGUAAAGUCAGUCAUGAUGGUGUAUGACUUCCCACUGAAGACAGACAUGGAGACGGUGAGACUGGAGUCUCUCUACCAGUCUUAUCCCUCGGUAGUGAACAGCGUGAUCUUCACCCCUCACCCCUACCACCCCACACAAUACGCACACACACACACCUUCUCCCCCUCACACACACUCACACACGCCCAGUCCGCCAACCCCACCUCAAAUACACAACUCGAACCAGUCGACUUGUCGGUCAGCAAACGACCCUCUCCCUCCUCCUCCUCAUCCUCCCCUUCGUCCUGUUCCUCCACUUCCUCCCCGUACAGUCGUUCCUCCCCCCAGCCCGCCCCCUCCCUCCAUUACCCUGUGUUGUUAGGCUCCGGACCCGGGGUCGUCCAGGGUUCAGGGGUCAUGCUGUCCCAGGUCAUGCUGCAACCCCUGUCCAUCCUCUACCCCUCCUCCCCGCUGCACCUGCCUCAGCCAAUCGCGGUCAACCGCACCGUCGCUGGCGACGACCACCACCAUCAUCAUCAUCAUCACCACCACAGGCCGGCAGGAAGCUCACAACAUCAGACAGCAUCCUCCAUGAAGUCAGAGCUCAGAGGAGAGAAGCCCUAUAAGUGCAUGUGGGAGGGGUGCACGUGGACAUCUUCGCCCGUUCGGACGAGACUGACUCGUCACUUCCGUAAACACACGGGCGUCAAACCGUUCCAGUGUCCCGACUGUGAACGCAGCUUCUCCCGCUCCGACCACCUGGCUCUGCAUAAGAAACGGCACCUGCUGGUCUGA